ACCAACCUGACAGAGCUGAAGUCAUUUGGGUCUCCACCUCCGGCUGUCAGCAAUGUCACUGCUGCCGUGAUGGUGCUUAUGGCCCCCGGUGGCAAAGUGCCCAAGGACCGGAGCUGGAAGGCUGCUAAGGUCACUAUGGCCAGAGUGGAUGGCUUCCUGGACUCCCUCAUCAACUUUGACAAAGAGAACAUUCACGAGAACUGCCUCAAAGCCAUUCGGCCAUAUCUGCAAGACCCUGAGUUCAAUCCGGAGUUUGUGGCCACCAAGUCCUAUGCAGCUGCAGGCCUCUGCUCUUGGGUCAUAAACAUCGUAAGGUUCUACGAGGUCUUCUGCGAUGUGGAACCCAAGCGCCAGGCAUUGAACAAAGCCACCUCGGACCUCACCGCUGCCCAGGAGAAGUUGGCAGCCAUCAAAGACAAGAUCGCUCACCUUAAUGAAAACCUGGCAAGGCUCACAGCCAAGUUUGAGAGAGCAACGGCAGACAAAGUCAAAUGUCAGCAAGAAGCACAAGUGACGGCAGGAACCAUCUCCCUUGCAAACCGCCUGGUUGGAGGACUCGCUGCUGAAAAUGUGAGGUGGGCAGAAGCCGUGCAGAACUUCAAACAGCAGGAAGGGACGUUAUGUGGCGACAUUUUACUGACUGCAGCUUUCAUUUCAUACCUCGGCUUCUUUACAAAGAAAUACCGGCAGAGCCUCGUGGAGGGGACCUGGAGACCCUACCUGAGCCAGCUGACGGUUCCCAUCCCUGCCACCCCAGCCCUGGAUCCCCUGAGGGUGCUGACGGACGACGCCGCCGUGGCCGCCUGGCAGAACGAGGGCCUCCCUGCGGACCGCAUGUCUGUGGAGAAUGCCACCAUCCUCAGCAGCUGCGAGCGCUGGCCGCUGCUGGUGGACCCUCAGCUGCAAGGCGUCAAAUGGAUCAAAGCCAGACAUGGCGAAGACCUCCGGGUCACCCAGAUUGGUCAGAAAGGCUACCUUCAAACCAUCGAGCAUGCCCUGGAAGCCGGAGAUGUGGUGCUGAUUGAAAACCUAGAGGAGUCCAUUGAUCCUGUUCUAGGACCCCUGCUUGGGAGAGAAGUCAUUAAAAAAGGACGGUUCAUUAAAAUUGGAGACAAAGAGUGUGAAUACAAUCCCAAGUUCCGGCUCAUCCUUCACACCAAGCUGGCCAAUCCUCACUACCAGCCAGAGCUGCAGGCUCAGGCCACCCUGAUCAACUUCACUGUGACCAGGGACAGCCUGGAGGACCAACUACUGGCUGCUGUGGUCAGCAUGGAGAGGCCUGACCUGGAGCAGCUGAAGUCAGAGCUCACAAAGCAGCAGAAUGGAUUCAAAAUCACCCUGAAAACAUUAGAAGACAACCUGCUUUCUCGCCUCUCUUCAGCAUCUGGGAACUUCCUAGAAGAAACGGCCUUGGUGGAAAACCUCGAGAUCACCAAGCAGACUGCCACAGAAGUCGAGAAAAAGGUCCAGGAGGCCAAGGUGACUGAAGCACAAAUCAACGAGGCCCGAGAGCACUAUAGGCCAGCAGCUGCCCGAGCCUCUCUGCUCUACUUCAUCAUGAACGACCUCAGCAAGAUUCACCCCAUGUACCAGUUUUCUCUCAAGAUUGCAGGAACANCCCCCGAUGAGAGCCUCAGGGUGCGGGUGACCAAUCUAAUCGACAGCAUAACCUUCUCCGUAUACCAGUACACCACCCGCGGGCUCUUCGAGUGUGACAAGCUGACCUACCUUGCCCAGCUUACCUUUCAGAUUCUCCUCAUGAACCAGGAAGUCAACACAGCAGAGCUGGAUUUUCUGCUUAGAUCUCCAGUGCAGACAGGCAUCACCAGCCCAGUGGAGUUCCUCUCCCAUCAGGCCUGGGGAGGCAUCAAGGCACUUUCAUCCAUGGAAGAAUUCUGUAAUCUGGAUCGGGACAUUGAGGGAUCUGCCAAGAGCUGGAAGAAGUUUGUGGAGUCAGAAUGUCCUGAAAAGGAGAAGUUCCCCCAGGUGUGGAGGAACAAGACAGCCUUGCAGCGCCUCUGCAUGAUGAGGGCCGUGCGGCCGGACCGGAUGACCUACGCCAUGCGAGAUUUUGUUGAGGAGAAGUUAGGAAGCAAGUAUGUGGUGGGAAGAGCGUUAGAUUUUGCAACCUCAUUUGAAGAAUCAGGACCAGCCACUCCCAUGUUUUUUAUCCUGUCUCCAGGAGUGGACCCGAUGAAGGACGUGGAAAAUCAAGGAAAAAAACUUGGAUAUACCUUCAACAAUCGGAACUUUCACAACGUGUCUUUGGGGCAGGGACAGGAGGUAGUGGCUGAGGCUGCGCUGGACCUCGCUGCCAAGAAAGGUCACUGGGUUAUUUUGCAGAACAUCCACCUGGUGGCCAAGUGGCUCAGCACCCUGGAGAAGAAGCUGGAGGAGCACAGUGAGAAUAGCCACCCAGAGUUCAGGGUCUUCAUCAGUGCAGAGCCAGCGCCCUCCCCAGAGAGCCACAUCAUCCCCCAGGGCAUCCUGGAGAACUCCAUUAAGAUCACCAAUGAGUCCCCCACGGGCAUGCAUGCCAACCUGCACAAGGCCCUGGACAACUUCACUCAGGACACUCUGGAGAUGUGUUCCCGGGAGACGGAGUUCAAGAGCAUCCUCUUUGCUCUUUGUUAUUUUCACGCGGUGGUGGCAGAAAGACGGAAGUUUGGGCCCCAGGGAUGGAAUCGGUCGUACCCCUUUAACACUGGGGACCUCACCAUCUCCGUGAACGUGCUCUACAACUUCCUGGAGGCUAACACAAAGGUCCCCUAUGAUGAUUUGCGCUACCUGUUUGGCGAGAUCAUGUACGGAGGUCAUAUCACAGAUGACUGGGACAGGAGACUCUGCAAAGCCUAUCUGGAGGAAUUCAUUAAACCAGAAAUGUUAGAAGGAGAGCUGUUUCUGGCUCCAGGGUUCCCCAUCCCAGGCAACAUGGACUACAAUGGUUACCAUCAGUACAUCGAUGCCGAGCUGCCCCCCGAGUCGCCCUACCUCUACCGACUCCACCCGAAUGCGGAGAUUGGCUUCCUGACCCAGACCUCAGAAAAGCUCUUCCGCACCGUGCUGGAGCUGCAGCCUCAGGACAGCCAAGUCAGAGAUGGAGCAGGAGCCACGAGAGAAGAAAAGGUCAAAGCUCUUCUGGAAGAAAUACUAGAGCGGAUGACAGAUGAGUUUAACAUCCCCGAGCUGAUGGCCAAAGUGGAGGAGCGUACCCCCUACGUUGUUGUUGCCUUCCAGGAGUGUGAACGCAUGAACAUCCUCACCAGAGAGAUCCAGCGCUCACUGAGGGAGCUGGGCCUUGGCCUAAAG